AUGGAAAUGUGCUAUCCGAAUCCAUGUCUGAACAACGGUGUCUGUGUCGAUCGACUGAACAGUUUCGAGUGUUCCUGCGCUGAAGGGUUCACUGGCCCAACAUGCGCCGUGAAGUGCGCCUCAGGUGAUCGCUGCUCAUGCUCAGCUGGUAGCUGCCUGAAUGGUGGAUUCUGUAGGAACAACAGCUGCGAAUGUUCAACGGGUUACACUGGCAAGUUUUGUGAAACCGAAGUGAGCCCAUGUGAAAUGACAAAGUGCCCAACUGGCCAAGUCUGCCUUGAAAACAAUGGAACAAGAUCGGUCAGUUGCGUGUGCCCCAUCGGAUUUACCGGAUUCGAUUGUCUCAAAGAAAUUGAUGAGUGCUCAACAAAUCCGUGUCAGCAUGGAGGUACAUGCUCGGAUAGGCUGGCUGAUUACUUCUGCCAUUGUCCAAGCGGUUACAGUGGAAAGAACUGCGAGAAAGUGGUCGAUCAUUGCACAACUAACCCUUGUCUGAAUAACGGGGUGUGCAUCAAUGCUGCUCAUGCUGGUGUCUGUCACUGCAAACCUGCUUACUUCGGUGAUAGAUGUCAAUUUAAGAGGAAUCCGUGCUCGAGAAAUCGCUGUGAUAAUGGAGCUGUAUGCCGCCCUACAGCGAACUAUCGGAACUAUACGUGCGAAUGUAAACCGGGUUUCGAAGGGAAAUUCACAGGAGUUACCAGAAGAGACAUUGAUGAAUGCAAGGAGGAACCGUGCCGUAAUGGCGGGACAUGCCACAACACCCAUGGGCACUACAACUGCCCAUGCCUGAACAAUGGUACUUGCAUAGAUGAUCUGGCUAAUUUUCACUGCGUCUGUCAGCCUGGAUACACUGGACGAACCUGUGGUGUUGACAUAGAUGACUGUGCUGAGAACCCCUGCCUAAAUGGCGCUACCUGUGUGGAUGGAAUUAAUCGCUACGAGUGCUUGUGCAAGAGAGGAUUCAGCGGGCGUGACUGCCAUAUCAACGAUGACGACUGCAGACCUGGGUAUGUUUUUGUAUAA